CCGCGCUUGGCUGGCGGUUGGUCCUGCUUGCGGCUAGCAGGACCCCCUAGGUCUCGAGGGACGGAUUCUAAACCACUGCCCAUUGCCCAGGAGACCCCAGUGAUGGCACUGUGGACUCGCCUGUAUGGCCGCGUCCUGGAAAGCUCUAGGGUGAUGCCCACCAUCAGUGAAGAAGGCCCUUCAGGAGGAAGUGAAAACCAUGGAUCUGGCUGCCCUUCACAACCAGAUGCAGAUUCCCAUUUUGAACAGCACAUGAUGUCCAUGCUAGAAGAAACAUACAUUGCUCAGAGCACACUGAUAGAGACUCAAGAAACAUUGGCGUUGACCCAGGGGAAAUUACUCGAGGUUGGUCAUGAGAGAGAUUCGUUGCAGAGACAACUCAAUACUGCGCUUCCACAGGAGUUUUCAACGCUUGCAAAAGAGCUCAACAUUUGCAGGGAACAGCUGCUUGAGAGGGAAAAAGAAAUUGCUGAACUGAAAGCAGAAAGGAACAACAUGAGGCUGUUCCUGGAACAUCUGGAGUUCCUUGUCUCCAGGCAUGAACGCUCUCUCGAAACGACUGUGAUGAAGCGGCAGGCGCGGUGUCCUGCAGGUGCGAGAGCAAUUACGCGUAGCACUGCAAAGGUGCAGCUUGUUAGAAGAGGAACUGGGCGCCACGCAAAUAAUCAGAAAAAAUCACCAAGAGAUGGAGUGCUUGACCAUGAACAAGAAGAAACACCAAGCACUAAUGGAAAGAGAUCUUCUGCUGGCUCCUUAAGCCAUGAGGAAGACCUUGCCAAAAUAAUUGUGCUCCAAGAAGUCAUACACAAACAUUCAAAAGAGCAGAGUCAGAUGAAGGAGCUCCUGGCUGCACUUUCCAGCCAUGUGUCAGAGCUGCAAGAAAAUCUUGACACAGCAAGAAAGGAUCUCAUCAAGUCUGAAGAGAUGAACAAGAAAUUGGAACGAGAUGUUCAUGAAAUAAGUGAUAAAAAUUACAGGCCACUGGUCGUUUGUUUGGCAAAAAGGAAAAGGGUCCGCCUGGACAAACUGGCAAAGAAUCACCAAGACAAGCUGUUGUUUCUGAAACGGAAAACUCAUCUCAGGAUGCCUUCCAACUUAGCAAAUUGGGAGGAAAGGAUGAAAAAAAAUCGUCAACUUCAAAAACACUCAACAGGCUCCCAGGAAGGUCCUGUGAACAAUCCCAGUAGCAGUGACAGCAGGCAGGACGCACUCCACAAAGCCCCAAAGAAGAAGAGCAUCAAGUCCUCCACUGGUCGUUUGUUUGGCAAAAAGGAAAAGGGUCCGCCUGGACAAACUGGCAAAGAAUCACCAAGACAAGCUGUUGUUUCUGAAACACCAAACUCAUCUCAGGAUGCCUUCCAACUUAGCAAACUGGGAGGAAAGGAUGAAAAAAAUCAUCAACUUCAAAAACAGCCUGAGUUGCUGGAGGAAGCCCAGAGGCAAGGCUUACCAUUUUCACAGUGGGACGGGCCAACCGUGGUUGAAUGGCUGGAGCUCUGGGUUGGGAUGCCUGCUUGCUAUGUGGCUGCCUGCAGAGCAAAUGUGAAAAGUGGGGCCAUCAUGUCAGCUCUGUCAGACAGACAGAUCCAGCAAGAGAUUGGCAUCAGCCACCCUCUGCACAGACUGAAGCUGCGGCUGGCCAUCCAGGAAACCCUGUGGCUCACCAGCCCUUCGGCUACACCCACAUUGAAAAAGACCACAGGAAAUGUCUGGUUAACACAUGAAGAGAUGGAAACACUUGCAGCCACAUCUCAGAUGGAAGAUGAGGAGGGAAGCUGGAUUCAGACACUUGCAUAUGGGGACAUGAACCACGAGUGGAUUGGCAAUGAGUGGCUGCCCAGCCUGGGCCUACCUCAGUACCGAAGCUAUUUCAUGGAGUGCCUUGUGGAUGCUCGGAUGCUGGACCAUCUGACCAAGAAAGACCUGUGGGGGCGGCUGAAAAUGGUUGACAGUUUUCACAGGAACAGCUUCCAGUGUGGACUUAUGUGCCUGAAAAGGUUAAAUUAUGAUCGGAAAGAACUGGAAAGAAGAAGAGAAGAAAGUCAGGAUGUAGUUAAAGAUGUGCUUGUUUGGAGCAAUGAUCGAGUGAUUCGCUGGGUCAUAUCCAUUGGCCUUAAAGAAUAUGCAAACAACCUCAUAGAGAGUGGGGUUCAUGGCGCACAGCUGGCCUUAGAUGAAGCCUUCGAUUACAACACAUUGGCCCUGUUGUUACAGAUCCCGACAGAGAACAGAAAGGCUCGAAAUGUCUUGGACAAAGAAUUUGCCGACCUUUUGGUCCUUGGGACUGUCAGACGUUUUGAUGUUGAGGAUGACAAACACUUUAGGAGAGCACCUUCAUGGAGAGAGAAGGUUAGAGAAAAGGCCAUUCACGGCGUGGCAACUGGGUCAUCAGAGACACUCCCUGCAAACUUCCGAGUCUCUUCUUCCAAGUCUUUCUGCUCUAUGCAGCCCAAUGAGAUCCAGAUGGAUGGCAGUGUAUCAGAAACACAGAAGUUGGAUUCUGCGACAGUCAGGACUUCCUCCUGUUAAGCCUCCUGUUGUUUUCCUGCACUACUUCUACAGAUGAUAUGCAGCAUUUUGAAUCCAACAGAGACUACAUUUUUUAAUUCAGUCGAAUCGCUGUUAAUACUUGUUAUAUGGACUCCUAAGAUAUUUUAUAACAGAGUUUUUAAUUAGUGAAAAAUUCAUCAAUAACAUAGAGAAAAUAUUUUAGAAUUUAAUGUUUCUUCUAUUUUUGUAAACUUAGGACUUUUCAUUUAUAUAGUUACUUACUUUUUCAUCUAUGUUUAGGCUAUAAAUAUCUCUGGAAGUAAUUCAUGUUCUUAUAUCUAAUUUUAGUCUUUCAAAUGAAUGUACUGUAAUGCUUGUAUGUAUAAACCCUAUGAACAAAUACACGGCUUUUGUAAAUUGUGCACAUAUUAUAAUUAUUACUAUUUAACUUUUUAAUGAUAAGCCAUCCCUGAAAAAAUUAGUUUACUACCCUUUUUUUGUCUUUUUUGUUUUUAUCGGUACUAGGGAUCAAACUCAGGACUGCCUGCUUGCAAGGCAGGUGCUUAUGCCACUGAGCUAAAUCCCCAGCCCAGUUUACUACAUUUAUAAAAUUGUUGUGACAUAAGCAAUGUGCAUUAUCCUUCACCUUGCUCUACAUCAGUCAUUUUAAAAUCAGGAGGUAGGGGCUGGGGAUUUAGCUCAGCGGCAUAAGUGCCUGCUUUGCAAGCAGGAAGUCGUGAGUUCGAUCCCUGGUACCGAUAAAAGCGAAAAAAGACAAAAAAAAAAAAAAAUCAGGAGGCUUCAUUCCAAGCAGUUGUCAUAUUUUGAGGUUGACUGACCUUAACUGUCCUUUUUUUUAGCAAGAAAUCAGAGUCUAAUAAAGUCGGGACUGAACCGUUGCACCAGAGCACUAUGGAACUUUCUUAGCACUGGUUCCCUUUUCCCCAUCCUGUCUCUGGACUUGGGGAGCUUGUCUUCAGAGACUUGACCAGAAGCCAUGAGCUGGGAGCUUCUCUCAUCAGGGCUGGAGUGGCCAGGGGUGGACCCCAGCCUGGAACCUUCCCUGCCUCUUUCCUGUGAGCAUGUGGAAGGUGCCUCCAGCUAUUCUUAGAGGACCAAUCACUGAGCACUGUGCUCACAUCUCACAGACAUUGGUGCAUGAGCAGAUGAGAGCAGGAAACCCUGAAAAUAAAGUUGUACUACUCUAACUAAUCAAGGCCUUAAUUUUCAUAUGUGAGUCACCUUUUUACAUUGGUUUAUAAACAUGUUUCAACUAGUCAUACAUUUUUAGAUUUUGAUGACAUAGCCAUUUUGGAUUGAACAAGUAGCAAAUGUAACUUGCUUUUCACUGGCAUAUUAAAAAGCCAGCAAGGAAGGAGUCAGAUCAGGGUGCAUGUUAUUUAUUGUGCAACUGAUACAUAGGUAGACGCAGCAUGCCUUUUUAAUUUAGUUUAUGCAUACAAUUCACUUGUACAAUCCAUAUUACUGCCCUUUUUCUAUUAAUUUUUGUGGAACUUUCUGAGUAAGUAACAAAGUAUACAGUCAUAUACACAUAUAUACUUUUGAACUAUUUUAAUCACAGUAUUAUUUAUUGCUUUCUUCCAAUAAAGUUCUGAAACAUUUUUCA